GACAAUUAGAAAUGGACAGAUAAAUACAGUAAAACGAAGACGUUAACUUGCGAGAUUUCAAACCAGCAUGGUGGACAUAAACAGAGAGCCGUCAUUCAGUGGUACAACUAUUUUGCAUUCUUAACUUAACUCAAUCUUGCCAGGAUUAUCCGAAAAUUUACUUCAGCUUUAAAAUGUCUUCCGACGAUGCUGUGCAGUCUACAAACGACGAUGCAGCCCACUGUAAGCGGUUUGCAGUGUCUCAAGGCUAUUGGAAAGACCCCUAUUUGCAGUACUUCGUGAAGUCAUCAGAUCGCAAAGCCCCAGAAAUUUCACGAGGGUAUUUCGCGAGAGUCUCGGGUGUCAAGUUGCUACUGAGGCAAUUUAUACAGCUAACUAAAUCUGGCUGCCAAAUCGUGAACCUGGGAGCUGGUUUUGACACACUUUACUGGUUACUGCAGGACGAGGGGUUGUCACCAAGAAAUUUCACAGAAAUUGAUUUCCAAGGAAUUACAUCCAAGAAAUGUUACUACAUAAAAUCUAGGAAGCAGCUUCUAGAAAAAAUUGCCAAAGAAGAUGGGGAGAUCAGUUUCAACAGCUUCGAUCUCCAUGCAGCAAACUACCACAUAGUUGCUGCUGAUUUGAGGGAUGUCGCCCAAGUUACUCGCAAACUGCACGAGGCAGGAAUCGAUCCCAAGCUACCGACUGCAUUCAUCGCGGAGUGUGUGCUAGUUUACAUGGAGACUUCUAAAACUGAAGCCUUGUUGAAGUAUUUUGCUGACCACUUUCAUACAGCUUUCUUCAUAAAUUAUGAACAGGUCAACAUGGAAGACAGGUUUGGUGAGGUGAUGUUGCAAAAUCUCCGAAUUCGGCAUUGUGAUCUUCAGGGUGUCCCAGCCUGCAGAAGUUUAGACACACAGAAAAACAGGUAG